CCAGCAUAAUAUUAUGUCAUUCAGAGAUGAGUCAUUCAUUCUGUCACGGUUUGCUUUCCAUGGACAAGUCGGCCCGGAUAUAUAUCCCACAUACACCCCCUGCAAUGUGACACCCACACAAGGCAAGGCAGCCAGCCAUAUUGAUUGACUGACUGACACAGGCCGAAACGGAAAGACGGCGCCGCAGCCAAACACACGGACGGGAAGGCAAUGAGUGUACCCAUAUACACAGCCAGUCAGUCAGCCAGCCAGCCAGCCAUCCUCUCUCCCUCCAACCAGCACCGUCGCUACACCGCGUAACCUGACACGCAAAACCCGAGAAAACAAUCGGUGCGAGAACUUUUGUUCAGUGAUUGCUGGGUGCCUUGCUCCCUCACCCAUCUAUCGGUCGAAGAUGCUCCGCGCAACAGCGGUCCCCAGCGGCACACGGGCCAGUCGGUGGUCACUGGAUGGCGGUCCUUGAACGCCUCACCCGCACCAGCCACGGGCGGCUCAGUCGUGUAGACAGUGACGCCCACUGCACUCACACAAACGAAAAACAAGGGUGUGAGUGCUCCGUUUUGGGCUGUGCUGUCCAGUGCCAUGCCUACCAGGGUCAUCGACCAUCGGCAGCUCCACAAGUCGGAUCCACGCGACGAAGGCAUGGCUGGCGUCCGUCAACACGAGCCGACGGUACCAGUUGACAUCGUCGUUGGAGGCGUUGAGGAAGGCGGUGGUGCUGCUGCAUCCCGCCACUGGUGCGUGGGGGGACUGCGUCAUCAGGUUGUGCAGCCGAUGGUUCUCCACAUGCCUGACCACAACACCAGAGCCCGGCCCGCAGACACGGCAUCACCGAGCGACACACGGUAAUUAGGCUGAGGGCCCCAUUCACCUUUCUAUAAUGUUUCUCGUUCUGUUGAUUUGAGGAUUGUACUCAAAUUUGGAAACCACACGAUCAGGACGAUGUCCGUGACGGACGACGACAGAGAUGAGAUGCCGCAACCAUGCAUCUCCACCCAGCGGUACCCCGGCCGAUAAGUCAUAUUGAUCAUGGCCGGCGGAUCAUCCUGCUGCUGGUGUGGGUUGUACCGAAGGGGCGGGUCGACGACCAUCGACUCCCGGAACCACUCGAGGGUCUUGCCGCCGACGUUGAUGUGGCGGCCUACGAUCUUGUGGUGGGCCAAAACACGCGCAUCCGCCAGAAACGCCUGCAGACACACCGGCCAGAAGAGGAAAAGGAGUUCAACGGUCAUUCAUCCUGCCUCCGUUCUUACCGUUUUGUUUGCGUACUGGUGGACGUCAGCAGCCGUGACGGUGAGGGGCAGCUGGCAACACCCACACUGCCCCGCCAGCUCAAUCGCCCUACCCAUCUUGCCCCAGCCCCCCGCAUCCACCACACACAUGGCCGCCAGCAGGUCCGCCACACCCAUUUCCUGCUCAUCGAACCGCAGAAACUCCACCGUUGUCUGCCCAUUGACUACGCGCCGCAGCCCCGCCUGUGUGCUGAGGGCGUAGCUGAGCCGCUGCCGCAGCUGGGCCGCCUUGAAGAGUGCUCUGAGCCAUCUGGAUGUGCUUCUGAGGCGCAUGAUGUCGUCAAGGCUGAGCAGGAAGAAGCUGCGCCUCCCGACGCAGAGGUAUGUCACGGGAUUCUGCUGCUCCUCCUGCUCCUGUUGCUGCUGCUGUUGUUGCUGUGGCUGCUGUUGCUGUUGCUGCUGUUGGUGUGGUUGAGGGUUCUUGGGGCGCCACACCAGCCGCCGCCGGUUCUUGUGCGUGUGAUGAUGCUGCAUCGCGACUUACUGAGACGAACCUCGAUGAACCCAAUGAGGCAUCGGGCCGAUGCGAUACUUCUACGAGGCGGCAGCUUUUGCG